UUUUAGUUGUAUAUUUAUGUAUAGACGUUUCUAAUUUUUUGUUGUGAGUUUCUGAUGUCAGAAAAUGUCCAGCUGAGUCAAGGAUGAAUUAGGUGUGCCCAUGUAUGAAUUAGUAAUGAAUAUGAGCUAGACAAGUACAAGGGUGCAGGUUGGUCAAGGCUGGAUUAAUGGGCUGGCAGGGCUCCAGUUGUCAUUUUAUGCCAGAGGCUUUCCUGGGUGUUGGGCAUUUUAGAAUGCUAGGUGGCAGACAGAACCUGUUGUAGAGAUUGGGAAGGCCAGCUGCAAAGGAUGCAUUGUGACAGGCAGCAGGGUACAGAAGAACCUAGCAGCACGUGUGGCAGGAAGCCUCGGGGACAUGAUAACAUCUUUGUGGCGCUGCUCUGAGGUUACUGAUGGUAGACAUGUCUGCCCCAAGUCAAGUUCAUGUUGCAGGAGUGGCUGUGGUAGGUUGACGUGUUUUUCAGGAGGAAGAAUUUCUGGGGAAGGAUGGCAUGGAGACCUCAGACAGUGGACACAAGACUGUAGGCUGGCCUGAGCUAUGGCAGUGGAGAGGGAUGAGGCUGGACUGGAGUCUGCCAUGUCUUGAUCGACAAGGAGGUGUCCCAGCCCUAUGGGACUUGCAACUUCUUUGCAAAGGGAGAAAGAAAGAAGUGACCACAGUGACCGUGGCCAACGUGGGCUCCUCUGCAGAUAACGUCUUCACAACAUCAGUGGCAAACGCGGCAUCCAUAUCAGGACAUGUCCUGUCUGGUAGGACAGCCCUGCAGAUCGGGGACAGUCUGAACACUGAGAAAGCCACACUAAUAGUUGUACACACAGACGGGAGCAUUGUGGAGACCACUGGCCUGAAGGGCCCAGCAACACCUCUCACCCCAGGAGGAGAGGGAGUGCUGCCCAUUGAAGGUCCUCAGUCUCCUCCUACCCCACUGGCAACUGGCCAGGAGAAAGGUGGUACCAAGUACAACUGGGACCCCUCGGUUUAUGACAGCGAGUUGCCCGUGCGCUGUCGGAACAUCAGUGGCACACUCUACAAGAGCAGGCUUGGCUCAGGUGGCCGGGGUAGAUGUAUCAAGCAGGGAGAAAACUGGUACAGCCCAACUGAGUUUGAAGCCAUGGCAGGAAGAGCCAGCAGCAAGGACUGGAAGAGAAGCAUCCGCUAUGCAGGUAGACCGUUGCAGUGCCUCAUCCAGGAUGGUAUUCUGAACCCUCAUGCUGCCUCCUGUACCUGUGCUGCCUGUUGUGAUGACAUGAGUCUAAGUGGCCCUGUCAGGCUCUUCGUCCCUUACAAAAGGCGCAAGAAAGAAAAUGAGCUGCCCACAACUCCAGUUAAGAAGGAUUCCCCCAAGAACAUCACGCUGCUUCCUGCGACAGCGGCCACCACCUUCACUGUGACACCCUCAGGACAGAUCACUACCUCUGGAGCACUAACCUUUGACCGAGCAUCCACUGUAGAGGCCACUGCUGUCAUCUCCGAGAGCCCAGCCCAAGGUGAUGUCUUUGCAGGAGCCACAGUGCAAGAGGCAGGUGUGCAGCCCCCCUGCAGGGUUGGCCACCCUGAACCCCACUACCCUGGCUACCAGGACAGCUGCCAGAUUGCCCCCUUUCCAGAAGCUGCAUUGCCAACAUCACAUCCCAAAAUUGUCCUGACUUCCCUGCCCGCCCUGGCCGUGCCGCCCUCCACCCCCACCAAAGCUGUCUCUCCCACCGUAGUCGGUGGGCUGGAGAUGUCAGAACAGCGCAGCUGGCUCUACCUGGAAGAGAUGGUCAACUCCUUGCUCAGCACAGCCCAGCAGCUGAAGACGCUGUUUGAACAAGCCAAGCAGGCGAGCUCCUGCAGGGAGGCUGCCGUGACCCAGGCGAGAAUGCAGGUUGAUGCAGAGAGGAAAGAGCAAUCAUGUGUCAACUGUGGCCGGGAGGCCAUGAGCGAGUGUACCGGCUGCCACAAGGUUAACUACUGCUCCACGUUCUGCCAGCGCAAGGACUGGAAAGACCAUCAGCACGUAUGUGGCCAGUCAACAUCUGUCACUGUCCAGGCUGAUGAAGUCCAUGUUGAAGAAAGUGUAAUAGAAAAAGUUGCUGUUUGAGCCAAGCUUCUCCCUGCUCUACUGUGAGGCCAUCGCAGGCUUAGGCCCUCUGUUGACUAUGGGGGCUGCUGAGGAGAGGGGCCAUGGGAAACUUGCCGGACAAGUUACUAACAAAUUGACUAUGCCCUUGGAAAUGAACUCCUGCCAGAGACCAAGGAAUGCUGGUGGCUUUCAGAAUGGGGCACUCUGUCGCAGCCCAGGGCCCUCGACCUAUCACGGUGCUCUUUCAUCCCUGGAUCAUGAGUGUCCUGUUACCCAUGGGGGUGCCCUAUGCCACGUGUACAUAUCUGUUGUAUCUGUUAAUAAGGUUGUAAAUAAAGCCCCCACUCCCGACCUGGA